AUGCGCGCCGCCCUCGACCACUGCUGCGAGCAGCCUCCACACGAGCAAUGGGUCCCGCUCUUCAAGAUCCAGGUGUUUUUCUCCUGCGUCUCGUUUAGCAUCAUCGUGCCGUCGCUGGCGAACUACUUGAGGCGCAUGGGCGCCGAGGAGUGGGUGCUCGGCGUGGCCGUGGCCGUCUACUCGCUGGGCGAGAUGGUCGGCAGCGCGGUCUUCGGGAAGCUCAUGACGAAACGGUUGCGGGAGGCGCCGGCGACGGGGCCCCGGCGCUGUUUGUUGGAGACGAUGGUCUUCGGCGUCGUGGGUUCGAUCCUAUAUGUCGUCGCGGACGACGUCGGCCAGUCUCCUAAUCUGCGGAAUUGGGCGCCGUGGGUCGUCGUCUGUGUGGAAAUCAAAAUUUUACGGCACGUUCGUCCAGAAUCGCCGAGAAAUGACUUAGUGAAGAAUUAUCGGGUGCACCCGCCACACUGGUUGAUUUCCACACAGGUCGUCGUAGUUGGAAGAUUUCUGGGAGGGAUUUGGACGGGCGGCAAAAUGGUCGUGGACUGUGUGGAAAUCAAAAUUUUACGGCGCGUUCGUGCUGAAUCAUCGCGUCGUCCUCCACGCCAUCGACGCGACGCCUGCUCGAUGGCGUGGCGAUGUCGGUUCCUCACCGCUCGACCGAGCCAGGACGGCCGCGUCAUCGCCGAGAAAUGACUUAGUGUUGAAUUCUCGGGUGCACCCGACACACUGGUUGAUUUCCACACAGGUCGUGGAGCAGACGUACGUCGGCGUCGCCGCGCGCGAGGACCGCGUGACGCCGCUGACGUCGGAGAUUGGGGUCUAUGCGGUUCUAGGGUUCGUCGCGGGCCCGUCGGUCGGUGCGCUCUUCGCUCCCCUCAACCUGGAUUAUGGCCGCUGGCGCGUCGACGAGUUCACGGCGCCGGGCUACUUCGUCGGUCUUUUAUGCGUAGCGAUGAUGGUUGCCUGCUACCUUACUUUCAACCCGUCGGACGCUGUGUGGAAAUCAAAGACAUCGAGCAGGCGUCGCGUCAAUGGCUUGGAGGACGAUGCGACGAUUCAGCACGAACGCGCCGUAAAAUUUUGAUUUCCACACAGGUCGGACGGCUACGCCAAGCCCUUCCAGGGCCACAAAUUGGAAAGACGCCUCUCCCACAGCCUCGCGUCGCCGUCCAUCGGCGCGUCGCCGCGCACGAAUGUCGUGAGGCGAACAACGCAGCGGCGGCCCGACGCCGUCGGAUUGGCCGUGUGCCUCGGCGCCUUCUUUGCGCACUUCUACUCCUUCGCCAUCCAGGAAACAAUAACAACACCCUUCGUGACGGCGCGCUACGGCUGGUCGCAGCGUAGGGUGGAUACGCUCUUCGCCGGCGUGUCCGUGCUGUCUCUAGUUACGUCCGUGCUGGUCGCCGAGCUGUCGAACCGCUGGAGCGACUACGAUUUGCUCGUGCUGUCGCUGGUUUUGGGGUUUGCGGGGUCGCUCGUAUUGUUGGAUCCGCCGCUCUGGCCGGCGCAGCUCGGCGAGGCGCGGUUCCUCGCGGGCUUCGCGUUGAUCACGGUCGCGUUUCCCUUCGGGAGGAACGUGGCCCUCGCAACGUUCUCCAAGGUGCUGGGGCCCUGCGACCAGGGCGAGUGGAUGGGUCUGAUGUUUGUGGUGGGCGCGCUGCCGCGGUGUCUGGGGCCGUCGUGGUCGCUCUACGCGCUCCAGCUCGCGUGCGUCUUGUUCCCGCAUCCGGCGCCGUGCCCGAAGGGCGGGCGGACGUGCCUCGAAUUCGGCAUCUCGGCGCUCAUCUUCGGCGCGACGCUCGUGACCGUGGGCCGCACGCGGCGGCGCCUGCGGCCCUACGACGCGGACGACGAGGGCGGCGAGCGCGUGGGGCUGGUUUGACCAUUUCUAGUAACGAUUAGGUGUUGUGAAGUUACUAUUUACAGACAUUGUUGUCGCCCCCGAGCUAACACUCGGGGCGACAGCGUAGCGCGGGGCGGGCGUGCGGUCUAAGCAAAGCAACAAGGA